AUCACCCAUCGUGCAGCCGGAAUGCUGCCUUCAUUUCUCUUCCCCCAUAUGAUCCCAGUCUUUGACAUCCUCGAACUGACACCGGAUUGACCAUGAAUAUCCUGCGCUCUAGUGGAAGCUUUUCCUGGGCUCUCCGGUCAUGUCAGAGGCCAAGGGCCUUCCGGUGCCAGACAUUACCUCUUCCUCGUCGCCAAUUCCAUGCUGCCUUGCCUCUGUGGGGGAUUAAGUCUCAGGUACUAAAGGAUGUGGGUGAAGGGAUAACGGAAGUCCAGAUUAUUCAAUGGUACGUUGAGGAGGGGGCAUAUAUUGAGGAGUGGAAGCCUCUCUGUCAAUACCAGUCGGAUAAAGCAGUAGAUGACAUCACCUCGAGGUACGAAGGCGUGGUCAAGAAGCUCCAUUUCCAGGCGGAUGACACAGUCCCUACCGGGAAGGCACUCUGCGAUAUAGAAGUUGAGGCAGGGAAGUAUCCGGACGAUAGCCCACCACCUGCACCCAAAAUCGAGCCGGUACCAGCCACCCCUGCACCCACAGAGUCCAGACCACUGCAGCCUGUCCAAGCUACAUCUACUCCGGCGAAAGAAAGCACCAAUAAUACAUACAAGUCGCCGUAUGCAACAUUGGCUACUCCAGCCGUUCGUGGACUGCUGAAGAUACACAGUGUGAACAUUGAAGAUGUUCGAGGAACAGGCAAAGAUGGCCGCGUCCUGAAGGAAGACGUGCAGCGAUUUAUUGCACAGCGGGACUUGGCACCUGCAGCGCUGUCUACAGUCUCGGAAGUGCAGGAUGAGACAGUAGCUAAACUGACGCCAAUCCAGUCUCAGAUGUUCAAAACCAUGACGCGGACCUUGGAAACUCCACAAUUCCUUUACACGGAUGAGCUUAACAUUGACACUGUCACGGUGAUAAGGAAGAAGCUAGCCAAUGAUCCCAAAGACCCCAGGAAAAUCAGCUUGCUUUCCUUUGUCAUAAAGGCCAUGUCUCUCGCUCUGAACGAGUACCCGCUCCUCAAUGCAAAGAUUGACACAAGUGAUUCUGCCAAACCGAGGUUGAUCAUGCGGUCAAAACACAACAUCGGCGUCGCCAUGGACACUCCUCAGGGGCUGUUGGUCCCCAACAUCAAGGAUGUCGGUAGUCGCUCAAUCCUAGACAUUGCCUCGGAAAUCGUGCGCUUGAAUGCACGCGCAAAAGAAGGGAAACUUACACCUGCAGAUCUCAGCGGUGGCACAAUCACUGUUUCCAAUAUCGGUAAUAUCGGAGGUACAUACGUCUCACCGGUAGUCAUACCGAAUGAGAUGGCGAUCCUUGGCAUUGGCAAGGCCAGAACAGUACCUGUUUUCGAUGAUGCAGGCCAUAUUACGAAAGGCGAGCUGGUGAACUUUAGUUGGAGUGCCGAUCAUCGAGUGGUGGACGGUGCGACCAUGGCCCGGAUGGCCAACGUGGUCCGGCAACUCAUUGAAUCGCCAGAGCAGAUGCUUUUGAGCUUGCGAUAGCUUAUACAUAGACAUAGCCCGAUAAUUUCGUCCGUGAUGGUUGAUAAUUAGCUCUGAAGGCUACAUACAUAGAGGACUGUGAAUGAAGCACAUGUUUGCACCCAAUUUGAUGGAAGUUUC